GCCCUCCUCCUCCUUCGCCGCCUCCUCGGCUCAGGCCGUGGUUUUUCUGUCUAUGUUUCUGGAGUCCUGAGCCCGAGCUAAACAAAAGCAGGAGGCUGCCGGGGCUGCCGGAGUUUGCAGGGCGCGCAGCCCGAGCUCUGCCCGCGCGGCCGGGGGCGGCAGGCGGCGGCCACAGCCCACCCGCCCGAGACGCUCUGGCCCGGAGUGGGGGCGGCGGGCCGCGGGGGGUGGGGGGAAAGUUUGCCUCGCCAGCCCCCUGCCUUCCGCUCCUUUCUCCCGAUCGGUGCCUGUUUGCGGAAGGAUUAAGCCUCAGAUCUGAGCGCCGGGAGCCCGCGCCGCCUUGCCAGGGAGACCGGGCUGGAAAAGCAAGAGCCAGCUCUGCUUUCUUGGCGUCCAGUGGGAAGGAUCCGAAGACAGCGGCAAGGAUAAAAAGCCUCGGCGCUUCCCGGGAGCCGCGCCGCGGAGCAGAAGCGAGGAGCGGGGCCGCGCCGCCUCCGGAGAUGGACGAGCAGCCCCGGCUGCUGCACUCCCACGCCGGCGUCGGGAUGGCCGGGCACCCCGGCCUGUCCCAGCACUUGCCGGACGGGGCCGGCGGGACCGAGGGGGAGGGCGGGCGCAAGCAGGACAUCGGGGACAUCCUGCAGCAGAUCAUGACCAUCACCGACCAGAGUUUGGAUGAGGCCCAGGCCAGAAAACAUGCUUUAAACUGCCACAGAAUGAAGCCUGCCUUGUUUAAUGUGUUGUGUGAAAUCAAAGAAAAAACAGUUUUGAGUAUCCGGGGAGCCCAGGAGGAGGAGCCCACGGACCCCCAGCUGAUGCGACUGGACAACAUGCUGUUGGCAGAAGGCGUGGCGGGCCCCGAGAAGGGGGGCGGAUCGGCGGCGGCGGCGGCGGCCGCAGCAGCGUCAGGAGGGGCGGGUUCAGACAACUCAGUGGAGCAUUCCGAUUACAGAGCCAAGCUCUCACAGAUCAGACAGAUCUACCACACGGAGCUGGAGAAAUACGAACAGGCGUGCAACGAAUUCACCACCCACGUGAUGAACCUCCUGCGGGAGCAGAGCCGGACCAGGCCCAUCUCCCCGAAGGAGAUCGAGCGCAUGGUCAGCAUCAUCCACCGCAAGUUCAGCUCCAUCCAGAUGCAGCUCAAGCAGAGCACGUGCGAGGCCGUCAUGAUCCUGCGCUCCCGGUUCCUGGAUGCGCGGCGGAAGAGACGGAAUUUCAACAAGCAAGCAACGGAAAUCCUGAAUGAAUAUUUCUAUUCCCAUCUCAGCAACCCUUACCCCAGUGAGGAAGCCAAAGAGGAGUUAGCCAAGAAGUGUGGUAUCACGGUGUCCCAGGUAUCAAACUGGUUUGGAAAUAAGCGAAUCCGGUACAAGAAGAACAUAGGUAAAUUUCAAGAGGAAGCCAAUAUUUAUGCUGCCAAAACGGCUGUCACCGCUACCAAUGUGUCAGCCCACGGAAGCCAAGCUAACUCGCCCUCAACUCCCAACUCCGCUGGUUCUUCCAGUUCUUUUAACAUGUCAAACUCUGGAGAUUUGUUCAUGAGCGUGCAGUCCCUCAAUGGGGAUUCUUACCAAGGGGCCCAGGUCGGAGCCAACGUGCAGUCACAGGUGGAUACCCUUCGCCAUGUUAUCAGCCAGACAGGAGGAUACAGUGACGGACUCGCAGCCAGCCAGAUGUACAGUCCGCAGGGCAUCAGUGCUAAUGGAGGCUGGCAGGAUGCCACUACCCCUUCAUCAGUGACCUCCCCUACAGAAGGCCCUGGCAGUGUUCACUCCGAUACCUCCAACUGACCCCCCGCCCUCGCAUCCCGGCCGGCCCUGUGUCGGGGCAGGGCCAGGAGGGGGGGUUUCUCUCCCAGCGCUGGAGCGGUCAGACUGGAGGUCGAAGCAGUCAGCAAACACAAUGAGAGUCUCCUUCUCUUCUCUUCUUUGGGAUGCUAUUCAGCCAAUCUGGACACUUCUUUAUACUCUCUUCCCUUUUUGUUCUGGGUAGAUGCCACUCUUCCCUGCCUCCGGCUGUCAGCCUGGUGUCCGUCAUCCCCCCUGCCCCCCGCCCCUUUCCGUCUGUCCUAGACUCCCUGGGCCCCUGCCCACUAUUACAUCCCUGAAGGAUAUUUCCAACAAUUAGAGGAAUUUGAAGAGCAAAAUAAUUACAAAGAAAAUAAAGGUGUUUGUAUGUUUU